UCUCGUUAAGGGUAUCAUUAUUUGAAGAAUCUGAGGGUUUUUUUUGUGUGAAAAAAGUAGUGGUUACAGCCUCAGUACAGAGGGACAAGAAACUCAACAAAAACAAACGAAAGCAGAGUUUUUCUGUUUUAUUUGGGGGACUAUGCUAUUUUUCUCUUUGUUCUAUGUCACAACAAAGGCAAUUUCCGAUGGUGGGUGGUAACAAUCCGGGGCAGUACAAUGACACAACGUUUACAAAAAUCUUUGUUGGUGGAUUGGCAUGGGAAACUCAAAGGGAUACCAUGAGGCGUUAUUUUGAGCAAUUUGGAGAGAUUCUUGAGGCUGUUGUUAUCACAGAUAAGAAUACCGGGAGAUCCAAGGGUUACGGCUUUGUUACCUUUAAGGAUCCAGAUGCAGCUAUGAGAGCAUGCCAAAACCCUUCACCUAUCAUUGAUGGAAGGAGGGCAAACUGCAAUCUUGCUUCAUUGGGUGCUCAAAAGACUCGUCCACCAACUCAUCAGCAUGGGGUUGGACGGUUUAGAUCAGCACCUGGAUUAAUUGCAGCACCUGGUUAUCAUGGUUCAUCAACUUAUAUCCAACAACCUACUGAUCAAUAUUUUAUUCCUUACUCAGCUUAUGGAUACACUGGAUAUUCACAGGAUAGCGUUUAUCCUUUGAACUAUUAUAAUCUCUAUGGAGGCCAACAAUUUUCACCCUACUACACGAGGAUGCUUCAUAAUGUUUAUCCGUUUUAUCCCCAGAUGGUACCAUAUGCUUCUUUGCCUCAACAGGUUACUGGAGUCGUAUCACUUCCAUCUUCAAUGCCUAUGGCAGCAACUACAGCAGCAACGACAGCAGGUAUUACAGCAACAACUACAUCAACUGCCCCAGCUGUGGUGGAGACAACAACGGUGGCAACAACGAAAAUCGAACCUCCAAUAACAACACCUUUACCCCAAACCGCAACAACUACUGAUGUGGGGGGAAAGGUGCCAGGUCCUUCACAAGUUUCCGAGACACCUACCGAAAGGAAACCACCAAGUUAAUCCAUGUUGAGGGAGACAGUCUAGAUCUUUCAAGAACGACGUUAAGGUCGAGCUAACCGGAUGGCACAAUAGGAUUCGUGUCAUUACCAUCAUCAUUUUUUUCGGUUCAUCAUACAUGUAGUUUGGUGUUAGCAUUAGGAUUAGGAGAAGUUAUCAUCAUCAUCAUAUUCGUUCAUGUAUUUUGCACAAAGGUGGAAACUAAAUAUUGGUUUUUGGAUUCCACCCGUCAAACACUAAUUAUUAGAUGACUUUGUCUAGGUUGCAGAGAGCAUCCGAUGACAGCGUUUUUCAUAUUUGUAUCAAAAGUGGUUCAGAAGAUUGAUUUUGUAUCUUCGAACCCCAAAUUCCAUUGAUUGUUGAAUCAAAAGAAA